UUGAGGAAACAAAAAGAUAUGAUGCCGCCUCUAGCAAAAUCCGAAAAUGUCUGCACUGGCUGCAGAUCGAGGAAAAAGAAGUGCGAUGGCAAGCGUCCCUGCUGUUCAUCGUGCCUCCGAAGAGGUGAGAUAUGCCUCUACAGCAUUUCUCUUGUUGCUCCAGCAUGGUCUUUUUUGGGCGGUUCCAAUCCAGGAUUCAAUCUAGACUUCGAAAAUGGCCAAAUUUCUACCAACAUUGAACCUCAACAUCCCCUUACACCCAUCCAGUUUCCAGUAAUUGAGACUCCCUCAGAAUACACUGGAUCUGGAAUAUUUGGAAUUACAAACCCUUCCGCUUUCGGUCAUUCCGAGACAGCUCGAGAACAAGCUCCGAGUUCUCCUUCGCGUCAACCAAUCUCACUGCCACCACCAAGUGUUCUUCGAGAACUAAUUGACAUAUUUUUCGAAAGGAUAUACGAUUACAUCCCAAUCCUUCAUAAACGCCGAUUUCUAGCAGAAUUGAACGACAAAGGCCCAGAAGGAUGCUCUCAGGUGCUUCUUUUCGCAAUUUGUGCCGUUUCAGCUGGGAGACACGCCAAUCCCGGCAUAAGGGAAUUGCAGCGCAGUUGGUAUGACGUGGCAAGAGAGGAGCUUUCAAAAUCUCUCCAUUCCCCAGAAAAUGUCCUGGCUACUCUACAGGCUGCCGUUAUUGUAAUCUAUCAGGCGAUUAUAUUCACCGAAUACUCAACGUCAUGGUUGUUAGUUGGCGAUGCCUGGAGAAUUGCGGUGGUGACGGGGUGCGCAAGAUUGGACGGGAAUCUUCGAUCUACGCCACUGAAAUUGAGAUUAGAAGUUGGAAACAGCUGGAUGCAAAAGGAAGAAUGCCGGCGGGCUCUCUGGAUGCUCUUCAUCUUCGACCGUGGACUGUGCUCGUUGGAUCUCGCACUAGUCAUUGAUGACCAGCAACUAAAUAUCAAUCUUCCCAUGGCCGACGACAUCUUUUCUAGCGAAGAUGAGCCAACUGACAUUGAGCCUAUUGGCUACACUCCAAGUAUCGACAAGCUCAUGGAUGCAAUAGAGAAAGAAGUUCGCCUGGGCAACAACACAAAUAUUCGCCAAUUUAUCGUAGCGGCAUAUAUGCUCCUUGGACGUAUUGGAAGCGAAAUUUAUCAAAAUGAAUUCGACUAUACCAAGGGCACUUCCGUGUUGGACUCUUUGAGCGCAUCUCUGAUAAGGCUCAGGCUUCUUAUACCUCGAGAGGCUACAGACCUUUCUUUUGCCGACCCCAGGGAUUUCAAGCUUGUGAUCUGGCUCAAUGCAAUCAUGACAGCCAACACCGUCUUCCUUCAUCAUCAACCUCUUCUUGAUAAAGAAAGCCUUGAUGAGCCCAGUGGAAUGUCCAAAAAUUGGCCUCAUUGUGUUGCUGCCUCCCGGAAUCUUGUCGCAGGGCUACGCGACAUGUGCAGAUCCUCCACCGACUUUGCCGAUAAUGCCUUCCUGGCAUCUCUAGUAUAUGCUGGUAGUCGAAUAUUAGUUAUUGAGUAUAUCGUAUCAUCCAACGAUACGACUUCCCGACAGUCAGGGAAUUCCUCCAUUGCGUCAUCUAAAUAUCAAAACCUGAAAGCUGAUAUUGACCUUCUUUACCACAUCUUCCGCCAUUUCAAAGUAUCGCUAGGUCGUUCGGGGGAGCAGUGCUACGAUGCGUUUGUUCACUCUAUGACGAUGGAUGAAGAGCGUUCCCGAGCUGCCAAGGCGGGUUCAUUGCUCGAUAUGCUCCGCAUCUGUGAUCGGUGGCCGUCAUAA